AUGAGGAACUUGCUGCUGGUCUGCUGCCUCUUUGGGGCUACAGCUUUAGUGUCCGGACACGGUGGCCGCAUCGUGAGCGGCGAGCCGGCGGAGGACCACGAGUUCCCGGCGCUGGCGUCGCUGCACGUGAACGGCAGCCACUACUGCGGCGCCAACGUCCUGAAUGAGCGCUGGCUGCUCACCGCCGCGCACUGCGUCAUAGCCAGCGGGUGGUCUCAGCAGACCAUACUGGCCGGCACCAACUCCCAGACCAGUGGAGGCUCCGUCCACCAGGUGGAACAGGUCAUCAUACACGAGAACUACACUGGCAUGCCGGUCUUUUUUGCAGAUAUAGCACUGAUCAGGGUGUCGCCGCCGCUGCCCCUGGACGGUGUGACCGUCUCCACAGUGCGGCUGCCCACGCAGGGCCAGGAGACAGAGGACAGAGCUGCCGGUGUCGCCGCUGGCUGGGGGUACCUCUCGGGUGACUCUGGCGGUCCUCUGUACGUGGACGGGCUGCUGGUGGGCACCGUGGACUUCAGCCAGUACUGUGGCGGCAUCACUCCGCCCAGCGUCUUCACGAGGGUCGCUUCCUUCGUGGACUGGGUACAUAACAACAUCCAGUAG